AACCGCUAGGUUUUCGCUCCAAAAUGGCCCGUUACUUAAUCGUUGCAAAUUUCCGACAUCUUUGAUUUAUUAAAGCCAGUUGAACCGAUCAGUGACGAGGAUGAGCUUUGUUCUUUUCACCAUAACUGAUCUUCCGUUUUCUUCUUUUACGGUAUAGUUUUUCUUUUUACCUGAAUAUGAAUCGCCAAAUACUACAAUGUUUUUCACACCAGAUGCAUUUGAUUGCUGCCAUAAGAGACUUGAAAGUCCAACGACAAACGGAUCACCCUUUAUAGCUUUCUCUCUGGUUUUUUUUUCUCUGUUCAAAAAGCAAAAGCGCAACAAUGUCUCAAGUAUGCUCAAAUUGCUUACAAACACGCGAGAAUCGUUAUUUUCAAGAACCUACGCGCAGUUACAAAACUUGUGAGAAAUGUCGAACCAAUCGCAAACGAAGACAGAACUCUUCUUCUACGUCCAAUGUACUACAGCAAUCCACAGUGACACGAAAUGGCAGCAGCCUCGACUUGAACAACAACGACACUACUGGCAACAGUAACAGAAACAACAAAAGUAGUAGCAGCUCGCUCGUAACACUCGAAACGCUAUACGAAAACUUUACGACAUGGACAAUGCAUCAACCAGAAGGAUACCAUUACGAAGCCAGACUCAGCCUAGACGAUCCACUACUUUUGUUGAGCGAUAUGGAUAUUGCCAAACUCAUAUGUCACAAAGUGGGCGAGUGCGACACGUACAAAUACAUAUUAAAAACCGUAAAUUCAUCCGCAGCACGCAAAGGUGUGGCUAGUUUCUAUGCCAACUGUUCCCAAUCCACAGCACUUGCAAAAGCACCAAGAGUGAAUGAAUCCAUACCGGCAGUGAGUCGAAAACGUAAAAGCAAAUACCGCAAACGGUUUGACUGCAAAGGACGCUUGUCAGCAAGCAUUGAUCGGAUUGCAAGACAGGCACAUGUGACGAUUCAGCAUGAAACACGGCAUGAACCGCCGGAACCGUCUCGCAAAACACCCAAUGAAGUGCGUGAAAUGAUAAAGAGGGAAGCAUUGUUCAUGGGUCGAUCGGCUAAGGAUAUUCAUGCGCAUGUUCAGCAGCAGUAUCCAGAUGCCAAUAUCACUCAAGCACAAGUUUAUUACUGGUGGCGUGAGUUCAAACAAGAUAUGCCUCCAUCAACAGCAGCAGCAACAACAACAACAUCAUCGGUGAAAAAGCCAAGGUUAAGAAAAGAGGAGGCAUAGGAGGCGAUGGCUUCUUCCUUCGACAUUUUAUCACCAACAAAGCUGCUGUCUAUAUACACAUGUCCCUGCAUUCUCUCAUUCCUUUCCCCACGUCCCACUUGUCUCUCUGUACAUAAAUCUCUCUGGUCGUUAUACCUGUUGCGACAUGCAACAAGCACAUUUACUUCCUCAUAUAUACAAUCUCACAGAUGUAUUCGCUGUCCAGCAAUAGCAUAUCAUCUAAUAUAUGUCAAUACGACACACAAAGGUCCACGAUGGCUUCCAGAAACUGUCAUACUUUUCUUCAUAACGAAGUUUAUGUUUGCAAAUUCCAUUGCUAAUUUAACAUGCGG